AUGCUAAUGGUUCAUCGUAUUUUUCCUUAUUUUCUGAAACAGAUUUCAUGUCAAAGCGAUCCUGUUGCAAUAAAACCGGAGUUCUGUGCUUACUUACUUGUGAUGCACUCACAUAAAGAAGCAGAUAGACUUUUUCAGGCUCUUGGUUCACGUAUAACCACUUUUAAUAGUCGUUUGAACUCAGAGCUUACUGGUCUUCAGGAAACUAAUAGUGCGUCGAACAGUCCUGGGGAUUUUCCUGUCGUCCAUUCCCGUAAGAAUGCUAACCCAGAAGAGGGUGAUGAUUCUCCUUUUAUCGGUAAAGGUGACGAAGGAACACAAAGCACUAAAUCAGAAACUGACGACUUGCCCACAAAUGUAGACAGUGAGUCUUCGAUUCCUACACCAUCCACAGAUUAA